GUUUUGAGUAGAGAUGAAAGCGAGCCUUGUCGCGUCCUCCCUUUUCUCGCCAAAACGCCUCUGCUCCGUCUUCUCGAAACCCUCGACACGCACUCAUCUCCUUAACCCUCCUCCCACCCCCCGCUCUGCGCUGUUCCCACAACUUUCUCCUUCCCUCCCGAGACUGCUGACCCUCUUCCGCCUCUCUCUCUCUCUAUUCCCCCCUACCUUUCUUUCUAUUUCAGUUUUGGCAGGGACUUGUGCCCUUUGCCCAUGGAAUUCCCGAUUCGAUUAUGAGCUUCCGAGUGAAAUUUUCCCACUUGGUUCCGUGCUCUUUUCUUUGGAAUUCUAGCUUGUUUCCGAAGAAGCGCUUGCCCUGUCUUUCGGCUUUGAGACCGGGAGUCUUCGGUGAUGGUUUUGGGAUUGGAGAGUUCCCUUUCUGAUCAUCGGUUCCUUUCAUUCUCCUGCUUUCAGGUGUAAGUUUUGCUUCUUGGAGCGAAUUGGGCCGGCGUUUGUGGGCUUCGGGAGCACCGGGAUCCAAUCGUGGUUUUUCUAAUCCCCAUCUCUCUCUCUCUGUUCUGGGAAUCAUUCCUAAUUUUUUUUUUUAAAAAAUUCUCUUAUAAAACCUGGAUUUGGAACGUUUCCCUGGGCCCCUUUUCAUAUUAUUUUGUUAACUCUUUUGCCUACUUGAUUUGGUGCUGGGUUUAGGGUUCUGGCGACUUCUGAAUUCGAUAUAUAUUUCCUGCGAGGUGGGGUUUAGGGUUUUAGCAAAGUCUAAAAAAUUCUGAUUCCAUUUCUUCAUUCCCUUUUGGAUCUGCACUUGAUCUCUUCAAUCUGGGUUUAGGGUUUUAGGAUGACCUGUUGUGAUGCCCAAUCGCAAUCCCAAUCCCAUCCCCAUCCAAAUUAUGGGAUUCAAAGCCCCAUAGACCGUACAUCACUAUUCUAAAGCUUCUUCGAGGCAAUAAUGUCUUCGUUGCUCAGCAGCGGCGGUAGCCGAGCCUACGGGUUCGACCUCGACAUCGUGAAAUCCUCCUCGUCGUCAGCCCGGUCCUCCCACACCUCCUCCCCUUCCUCCACCCUCUCGGAGUCGAGCAACUCCUCCCGCACCAUCUCCAUCAAGAAGGCUCGAACCCCUCGAAAAAGGCCUAACCAGAUCUAUAAUGAGGCCGCCGCCCUCCUCUCCACCAUCUACCCCAACAUCUUCUCCACCAAGAGCAUCAGGAAGCCAUCCAAGCAAACCAAGCCAUUUGACUCUUUCCCCGACACCUCCUCUGAGCUCCUCCCUCCCUUGCCCGUCCUCAGCGACGCCGCAUUCCUCAUCCGUGAGACUCCCCCUGAACAACCCUCCUUCCGAAUCGAGCCUAAGCUGGAGAGUUCCAUCGACAAGGAGUGCACGAGCCCGGCGAGCAAUGAACUCCGAGAGGCUAUCGCUAUCUCCCCUUUCCCCUUUGAGGAGGAUUUUGAUGCAGAAUCCAUCCUCGAUGAGGAGGUCCAAGAGGGCAUCGAUAGCAUCAUGGGCAACCUCAGCAUGAACACCACCACCAAUACCGACGGCAAGGAUGCCUGCAGCAAUAACGACUCCCUCAUCGAUCCCUACCUUGGGAGGCUGAUGGGGUUCGGCUUGGGCGGCAAGUUCGAGCUCGGGCUUGGAUUUCAGUUCCGAAGAAACAUGCCCCGGGCGUUGAGGCAUUUCGACGAGGGGGACUGGUGGAGGUCUCCGACGGUUCCCAUGCAACAGAUUGUCCCCAAAUUUAAGACCUCGACGCCAUCAUCGGAGAAGAAGAAGAAGACGACGACGAAGGUAGAGAAGGAGGAAGUGGAAGGCCCGCCGACCGCCGCCGCCGCCGCCAAACCGGGGAACUUCAACAAGUCUGUUUUGGGCCUGAAAUUGAACCAUGAGGAGGUCCUCAGGGCAUGGUCUGGCCAUGGGUCCGUGUUCGCUGAUAGCCCCGACUCGCCGCAUUCCUCUGCUGAAGCUCUUGCGAAACUAGCAGACAUGGAUCUGUUUCUAGAGGGUAGCUGCGGUGGUGGGGUGAGGGAGGCUAGUAUGCUGAGGUACAAGGAGAAGCGGAGGACCCGACUCUUCUCCAAGAAGAUCCGCUACCAGGUCCGGAAGUUGAACGCCGACCAACGCCCCCGGAUGAAGGGCCGGUUUGUUAGGAGUUCUUCCCUUCUCCAGCAAGCUAUAGAGGAAGAGAGCCUGGCCGAUUCAUGAGUCUAUGGAGGAAUACAUCUGGUUAAGCGGCUGUGGUGGAUGGAAUAGAGAGUAGCUUGAGAGGCACCAAAAUGGGAGGUUUGGGCUUUUGAAGAGAAUGUGGAGAAGAGAAAUAAAUCCAAUAAAAUUUGCCUUAUUAUUCUUAAAACCUUUUCUUUACUUGCUGUUAGGUCUUUAUUCUGGGGUCUAGCCUCUGAAAAUUAGUGCAUACUUGCUUAUGGCUUGGAGGUUGGAAGAGUUUAACCUUGAGAUGGGCUGGUGGCACUUAUUUAA